GCAAGGCAGAUUUGCAACGAAAGCUUUCCCGAAUCUUCUCCAAAUUGCUAGCAGGGGGUCAUCUCGCUCACACUUUUUUACUUUCUCAUCCCAAUAAAUACGAUUUUUGGAUACCAAGGGUGAACCGGAUUGCCUCGGAAAUAAAUUGAAGUCCUAGAUCUAAUCGCAGACUCCUCCUUCAACCCGGGCUGCAAAAUUAGAGCUCGGAAGUGAAGGGUUUGGCAUGGCCAACUGGAGUGCAGGACGAGGAAGAGCAAGUCGGGGAAUGCUGCCGCUUCUGGCACUUCACGCCGUCACCGAGUACUAUCGCUUGCCGUGGAAGCCGCCGGUUACUGCCGGCCUUCUUGCCGCCAACACGCUCAUCUAUUUGAGGCCCGGUUUUUUCCAUCAUACCCUUCCUUCUAUCGACGAGGUCUGGUUCAAUCCCCACCUCAUCAUCAAGCACAGGGAUCUGAAACGCUUCUUCCUGUCACCAUUUUACCAUCUAGGAGAAUCUCACCUUGUCUACAAUAUGAUGUCGCUGCUAUGGAAGGGGACCCAAUUAGAAACGUCAAUGGGAAGCACUGAAUUUGCGUCAAUGGUGGCAGCACUGCUUGCUAUGUCGCAGGGUAUAACUGUGUUGCUAGCCAAAUCACUUCUCUUCUUUAACUAUGAGCGACCUUACUUCUAUGAAUAUUCUGCUGGAUUUUCUGGCGUUCUCUUUGCUAUGAAAGUUGUCCUCCAUUCUCAGUCUGAAGAUUACACUAAUGUGCACGGACUUGUUGUACCAGCACGUUAUGCUGCAUGGGCAGAAUUGAUUCUUAUUCAGAUGUUUGUUCCUGGUGUUUCAUUUCUUGGCCAUCUUGGCGGUGUACUUGCUGGGAUUCUUUAUUUGAAGUUGAAGGGUGGAUAUUCGGGUUCAGAUCCGCUAACUGUAGCUAUAAGAGGACUGACUGGUGUAUUAAGCUGGCCUAUAAGGUUUUUGAGGAACAGAUUCGAAUCCGGCUGGCAGAGGACUUCAGGGAGGAGAACUUUUGGCAGGGGUCUUUCUAGUAGUGCUUCUGUUGGUGUAUGGAGAUGUCCAGCCUGUACAUAUGACAACUCUAAUUUGUUAAGCAUUUGUGAGAUGUGCGGAACUGGUCAGAGUGGGAAUCGAUUGUUUUCUUCUUCUCAAGGCAUUCCUUUGGAAGAAUUACGUCGUAGAAGGGUUGAAAGAUUUGGUUGAUGCCUGAUCUUAAAUAGAUUUAUGGUGUUACUGAUACAUUACGGCCGCUAGUACCACACUAGUUUGAGGGUUGGAAAUAAUGUCGAAAGCAGCCAGCAUGGGGUUCUCCAACUAGAUACAUUACGGCCUCCACCACAUGCACUAGUUUGAGGGUUGGAAAUAGUGUCAGAAAGCUACAUGAGCGUCUGCAACUAGUUUUCCACCCUGCCCAAAUUGAUAAUGCUUUGAUGGUACAGACUAUACAUUGUCACUCCUCCAAUGGUUUGCCUUGGAUGCAUUGCUGACUCUUGAGGUUGGCGUUAAAGUAAACAAAGAGGCCUUUUGGUAA